AUGACCAGACCACGGCGAAAGUCGAGCAACAACUCGAGCAAGUAUAGCUGGGGAGCGGGCUCUUGCUCCAGCGGCGCUUCCACUGUUGUCGACCACUCUGAUCGCUACGACUCUGUUUUCUACACCGACCAUGCCUCAUUCUCCCAGGACUCUUCGUCCAGUAGUACCUUACAUCGACUUCUGACCAAGAUAUCCAGCCUUUUCUCCUCCGAUCGAUCGGGAACAAUCUCGGAUAUUCCUUCAACGGAAGGCAUACCUCUUCCGAAGGGUACUCGAGGCCCUUCACACAACCGCUUGCAAAGACGUUCGACACAGCGCAAACUCAUUAGCGAGGCGCUUGAUUCUUAUGCCGCUUCAAACUUGACCAAUACAUCACUAUCAGGCGAAUCGGUUGCGACACGGCGGGCAGACACCUUCGAGGCAUACGCCGCUAGUAGAGAGAAGAAAUUGACCAAGAAGCAACUUAAAGAGAAGGCCAAGUUGGAUAGAGCCGAGUCGAAACGAUUGCAACAGGAAGCGCGGAAGAAGGAGAAGGAGUCGGUAAAGAAGGCAAAGAAAGAGACGAAGGAGAGUAAGCGGCGCGAGCGAAGGAGGAUUACGAAGGCUGCGCCUACGAGACGGCCGCCAAUUAGAAGAGCAGACUUCGCCGUCUCAGCUGAAAUCGUUCCUCAGGUGCCAAUCUCCUCUGGAGCGCCACUCAAGAAACGAUAUUAUGCCUGAUAGCAGCAGAUGCUUGCGUAGUAAAUGAAUGUGUCGUAACAAAAAUGCAGAUCCAGAAAACAUGUAGCAAGAGGAAAUUCCUCCCUAAAGCAAGUAUAAAAACCCAAAACUCGAUCAUCCCACCAUGAAGCACUUCCCCCCUGCUCGACCCGACAGAUCCCCAAAACAGGAUUCCGGAUCUUCAGGUCAACUUCCUGAUCCCAUCCUCCCUCUGAUCUUCCAACACCUUGGCAUCCACCCGUCCCAACCCUUGUUCGGCGGACCGGUCUAGCAUGAGUUUCCACCAGGGGAAGAGGAGGUGGUUGCAGAUGAGUUUGAACCAGGGUGUGAACAGGUUGGCUGUAGGGUCGAGGGUCGAAAAGGUGUGGUUUGUGAUAUAUUGAGCGGAGACGAGAUAGAAAUGGUUUAGAGGCAAGUAAGUGAAAGAGAGAAACGUGAGGCG